CUUUCAUCUCUUUUCUGAGCUCUGGGUGUUCGAUCAAAGUCGUGUGAGUCCAGCAAGAAUGAUCCACAAAGGACUUUGAUUGAUUAAAACUUGUUGCGCUAAGGAGAGAGCUACGGUUGAACAUUCAAAGGACAGACUGUGGUAAACAGUUGGGUUUAAUCAUACUCAAGGGAUAAUAACAGCCAUGUUUUCACGCAUUACAUACAACAGAAGGAAGAAGAAGGAAUCAAUGGCGGAACCAAAGCGAAACCCGAAUGUUAUAACAAAGGAACACGUUUCAAACCUCCCAUGCACGGUUCUUACCGGAGCAAACCACAAUAUUGCUACCACGAAGAGCAAAUCAUCCGUCAAAAAACACAUUGCUAGCGUCCCCAGAUCACUCCUCCCGCCGUUGAGUUCCCCGAAUAAAAAAACUGUCUUUCUGGACCUCGACAAAACCCUAAUUCACUCGAUUCCUGCAUCCAGAUUAAUCGGUUCAAGAAACUAUGAUUUUGUAGCGAAGCCGUUGUUAGGUUGCAAAGGAGAUGAGCGUUAUGUUUUGAAACGUCCGUUUGUCGAUGAGUUUCUUCGGUUUUUAAGCGAAAGUGAUUUUGAAAUUGUGGUUUUUACCGCAGGGAAUGAGGAGUACGCGUCUACGGUGUUGGAUAUAUUGGAUCGAGAUGGGUUGAUUUCGCAUAGAUUAUAUCGGGAUUCGUGUAAGGAAAUCAACGGGAGGCGUGUUAAGGAUUUGUCAUGUUUAGGGCGGGAUCUGAAGAAGGGGGUGAUUGUUGACGAUAAACCGAAAUCUUACAGUUUGCAGCCCGAAAAUGGGAUUCCGAUUAGUCCUUUUACUGAUGAUCUUGGAGAUGAGGAAUUGAAGAAACUAAUGAGUGGAUUUUUCACAAAAUGUCAUGAGUUUGAAGAUUUAAGGGAUGCUGUGAAACAUUAUUUUGGAAAUUGA